CAAUAUAGCAAAUGAUUUUUGCAUUCGAACAGUAAUUGAUGUAUCAGUUCGGACCGCAACAGUCACAGGCUACUCGUAUCCUCACGUAUUCAGCAUCAAGAAGUUAAUUCGAAAGAAUAAUGCAGUCAUCCUGGCUCCUCUACUUCUGUCUGCCAUUAGUUGCAGCAGUUACCAAUUGCUCCUACACGCCUUGCGAGGACUGUACCAUUCGAGCGACACCGGAUGAAUUGGCAAACAUAUCACUCCGCUUUUAUACGGGAACAAACUUGGAUAAUUACGAGGAAGAGUUGGUUGGUAAUGCGGUGAAUUUAUUGAACUAUUUUGAUAAUAGCAAACCGACAGCCUUUUAUGUUAGUGGCUGGACCGAAAGUCCUGAGUCUAGCAGUGUUCGGGCUGUGGUUAGUGAAUACUUGAAGCGGGGUGAUCACAACGUCCUACUCGCAGACUACCGGUAUAUCGCAGCAAAGCCAUAUCCCUUUGCUGCAAUGAGCGUUCCUGGGGUCGGCUACACCGUGGCACAAGCAUUCAACGAACUGGUGAAAAACGGCUUGAAUUCUUCGUUGCUCCACGUGGUGGGCCAUUCGCUCGGAGCUCAGAUCAGCGGGAAUUUCGGAAAAUGUACGGACUUUAUUGUGCCAAGGAUCACAGGCUUGGAUCCCGCCGGUCCUGCGUUUUACUAUGUAAUCGAGAACCUGAUGUCUGGCGACGCUGAUUUCGUUGAAAUAAUUUAUACGGACGCUGGAAUAUACGGCACGGCAAACAAUUCGGGGGAUGCCAGCUUUUAUCCGAAUGGCGGUACGCGCCUUCAGCCUGGAUGCAACCUCAGUCUGCCGCUCAGCGAUGAUGACUUCUGCAGUCAUCACAGAUCCUGGCAAUUCUACGCUGAGUCGCUUCAAACAGAAGAUGCCUUCGUUGGACAAGCUUGCAACUCAUACUCAAACUGGACGUCGGGCUUGUGCGAUUCGAAUACAACUGCAGUCAUGGGAUACGGAACGUCAACAACAGCGAAGGGAAAAUUCUAUUUCCAAACCAACAGCGUGUCCCCAUACGGUCGGAAGACCGAGGGCUUGACGUACGACGCUUCAAUUUAAGCCAAUGCAAUUUUGGCCACCAGACGUUGAGCGAUACUGUAAUAGCAUCAUUAUCACGAUAAUCAAAUACUGGUGGAUGAAAUGUACCGCUGUUAGUUCGUGAAUAAAU